AUGACGAGCUUGGCUCGUCAAUUGGAGGCUCUUCGCGGGCCGUCCGCUCAGCAUUUGACCGCCGAGAAGAGACACGUAUCGCUUCUUUUCGAGAGGGAAGAAGCUGAAAAACUUGAUCGAGAAACAGUUCACAAAAUUGGCAUCAAGGGUCUCGCCGAGCUGAAGAAACUCGACAAGUGUCUCAGUGAAUUGGAUCCGCUUUUCGACGAAGGGAAUAUCAACUUUCAGCGUGUUCUCAUUACAAAAGCCGAAAAUGAGGAAUUGUCCGAGAAACUGCAAAAAGCUCUGGUUUUGCUAUCGCCAUACAUGCAGAUCUUUUCAUGCCAACAAGCUCUCGAGCUACUUGUUUAUAGAUAUCAGAUUUACGCAUUCGAUGCAGAGUUCUUCUUGACGUCAUUUUUGCCAUUUCACGAGACAAAUUUCUUUGGACGAAUCCUCUCAACUCUCGAGCUAAAUUAUGCCACAAACAAGGAGUUCGCCUUUUUGGAACAGUUCGCAAAGAAACGAUACCCUGUGCCAUUUAAAAUGAUUGCGAAGAACAGUGCCAGUGGAAGCAACGCUUUAUUGACAAGAAUCACGACAUACAUCGACACAGCAACAAAGUUAGUUGGCAGUGAUUGGCUCGAGAAUCACGGAACGGCUUUGUUUUCUCUACAAGCAAAGGUACUUCUAUCGCUUCUUGACUACACUCCAGCAAUCAACGACAACUUGUUAUCGAAAGUGAUUCCAAUAGUGGCGAAUGGAUUGAAAAGCCACAUUUCGAGUCUCCGCUGCGCAGCGAUGAUGACCAUUUGUCGUCUCGUCGUCUCCAUUAAACUCACAGAGGCUACCGUCACGACACUGCUAAAAAUCAUGCUCUUGAAGAUGAAAGACAAAGAAGUGGCGUCAUUGUUAUCGACAAUUAUCGUCGUCUGUCAGCAACAAGUGGUUGAAUCGCUCAGCAGCAAGGGCGUCUCGAAAAUUCUUCGACGUGACGAUGACCUUCAAUUCUUUUCAAUUCUCGCUCAGCUUGGACAAAAGACUGACUUGCAGCGUUUUUUGACACCACUUUGGAAAACUCUGUUGGGAUUAUUAGAAAGUGAUGAUGAAGAGGUGAAAACGCUCGCCGGCGCUGGUUUGCUCAAAUCGAUCGAUGUUGUUUCUAGUGGGGAACAGAUGGCCACGUUAUUGGGACUGAUCGCCGACAUGUACACUCGAGGUCUGACAUUGCCGAAGACUCUCGCUGCUUCGCUCUAUUCGCUUUGUGCUCGAUACCCAAUUGAACUUGAUUUUGUGCGCAAAGAGUGGGAAACGCGCAAUGCUCCCGCUUUCGAGAAACUCACGGAGUUGUGCAACCUUCAGCCAUUGUUCCUGCAAACGGCGAAAGUGGAGAAGAUUAAAAGACGAAGACGUUCAAGUCGCAACAGUGUCUCCGAGUUGACCGCCGAUGUUUUGAUAGCCGAUGUGAAGCCCGAUCCAAAAGACGUCCUCAAGCAAAUGCAACACGAGAGUGAAUUCGCGAAACGAAUCAAUUUCACCGGAGAUCCUCUACGGAAAGCCAUGCAGUGGAUAGAAGAGAACGAUUGGGAAAAGGUCGAAACAGCCUUCGAUGAAAUUGACCGACGAAAAAAUUAUCUAUCAAAGCAGCCUGAAGAUGAUGUAGAAGAACUGAUGAUUGCAUACACAAAGAAGCUGGUCACUGGAAACGGGCAUUUGUUGAAAGCAAAGGCGAUUUCGGCAUUGUCAGAGGCCUCGAUGUCGAUUAAAUUCGUUCUUUCGAUGCUUUCACGAGAAGAGGAUAAAGGAAGUGCGGAGAAACGCUCGAAAUUGGUCACGAAAACCCAGAAGAACGUUUUUCAAAGUGAAUCUGACGAUGAAUGGACUCGUCGACUCGUCUUUUCCUUGGAGCUACUGUCAGUGUUGAAGAAAACCCCAACUUCGCCGGAAAUUUUCGCGCUUCUAUUUGAAUUAUUGAAGAUUGACGAUUGUGACUACAAGCCCGAACAGCAACAAUACGUGCAUCAACUAACAAUCUCGUUGCUUGUGAAAAUGUUGCAAUCACCGGCUUUGUGCAAAUUGUCACCGAAAGAUCUCCGCGUUGAGUUGGUUGUCGAGAUUCUGCGAUCCACGCAAUCACAUCAAAUUCUGAGGGACUCAUUGCGACUUCUGACUGUCGCUACAAAAGUUUCACCGACGAGUGUCCUGUCGCACAUCAUGUCCGUCUUUACCUUCAUGGGGGCAGGUCUUCUCCGAAAGGACAACGAGUUGACGCUUGGGAUCAUUGAAGAUGCACUACAGGCAUUUUUUGGAGCCGUAGUCGCGAGCUCUUCAAAAGCGAAACAGGAUGCCUCCUUCAAUUUCGUCGAAGUUUGUCGAGUUUUCGCUCUUUCCAUUACCGACAUUCCUGCUCAUCGGCGAAUGCGGUUAGCGGGUGCCAUUCACAAGUCGAUUCCCAUUGAGUAUGCCUGGAUUUUUCCGACAGUCAUCUACGAGAAAUAUUGUUCCUCUUGGCAGCGCACGGCCACUCCACAAAACGAGAAGACGCGCAGCCCCGAUCAGGAGUCGUUCGACGAUUUCUCGAUCGAGAUGUGCUCUAACUAUAAUGGAAUUGAGCAGAUCCGCUUUCUGCUUGACAUACUUGCGUUCGUGAUGCGAGUCGGCACCGAUUUGCACAAAGAGGCCCCAAAUGCCGCUCGGACGACUGCAAAAAGCUUGGACACACUCAUUUUUGAUAGGAAGAAGCACACAUUGCCAAAGAUCCGGCAUUAUCGAUUCGUCCUUGUCACCCUGGUCGCGAAAAUUUUGUCUAAUCCGACAAUCUAUGAAAAGUUAGCAGUUGAAAGUGACGAGUCGCUGGCCGCUUCUUUGUUGCCGAUUGGAAGACAAUUGCUGAUGACAAGUGUUGAUGUGGAUGAAUUCGUGCAAAAGGGAUUAGAUGAGGCCGAGAAAGAAUUUGAGGCUGAAUCGGCGAAAAGGAACGCUCAACGUGAAUUGGAAGUCGUUUCUGCACAACGCUAUUGGAUUGCCAUGGGAACUAGGACCGAUAUUGUUUCUGAUAAGCUUCGCCAUUUGUUCCCGGCUAGUGUAUCGGCUCGUCUCAUCUCAGAAACGCUGAACGAUAAGAAAUCGACAUUCUCGAUGAAAGAAAAGGCGCUCGCCCUGUGUAAUGCCAAAUUGCAACACGACGAGAAUGGAAUCAAUGAGGAGCAACUGAGCUCAUUAAUUGAGAUUCUCAACGGUUGGAUUGGACCAAAGAAAGUCAAAGAAGCGAUUGUGCUUUGUCAGAAUGCUGCCUACACACUGCGCCUUAUUGCCAAGAGGUUGUCCACCGAUAAACAACACCCAUCUUUGUCGACAACAAUGCAGCACUGUGUGACAGCUAUCAAAUCCUGGGAGUCGUUGGACGAGGCGAUGAUCGGCAGCUUGCUGCUUUUGGCUGGUGAACUCAUUCGAUCGCAUAAUAUGGGCACGACGAUGCUGAACGCGGAACCGCUUCUCCAAGGAUGUCUCAACGUUUUGAGCACUAAUGCGACGAGUCGGCGAGACAGCGAAGAGAAACCACCUGAGGCAACACCACGACGGCGUCGCGUUCGACUGAUGUCGCUGAGUGGACGGCCGAAGGGAAGCGAUGCUUUAUUGGUCUGUACUCUCACUUGUGUGCAACGGAUUGUCGACAAAUUUGCAUCUUUUGUUGCGCCACACUUCACGGCGAUUCUCCUGCAUUUCUCACGGCUUUCAGCUCGCUUUGUGGAUCAAAUAACGGAAAAGGACGCAAACGCUUCUCUACUUGCCGCAUCUCAAGCUCUACCAUCACAACAAUCGAUGGCUUUAAAGAAUACUGUCCAAUAUAGACUUGGUGCCAUCAGGCAUGCACUGUUGAAGGUGGAGUUCCGUGUGAUUCUCGAUCCGAUCGCGCAAGCCGUUCAACAGCUCAAAAGCAGCGAGAAGCCCCUCUGCGCUCUUUUCUCAUUCUUGGCCGGUUUCUUCGAGACACGCAAUUUCCAAUGGGUUUUCGCAAGCAGUCAGCAAUUGAUCAAGGAGAUCUUCCUGCCGGCAUUCGAAUAUCGAUCAACGAUGCGAAAGCCAGAGGAAUUCGAGAUGAUCUCGCGGGUGGAAAGAUCCAUUUUUGAUGCCUUUUUGGCGCUAGCCGAGAUGUUGAAUGAGAAUCAAUUGAAGCCGAUUUUCAGCAAAAUUGUUUCUUGGGGAGAGGAGGGUUUCCGGAUGAAUGCCGAUUUGACGCUGAGAAUCCGCAUGGUCACCCUGUUUCAUCUAGCUAAUCACUUCUACUCCUCGUUCAACACUCUCGCAAUGCCAUAUUUCCAUCGAUUGAUCGAGUUGGCGGCAAAGGUGCUUCGGAGUUGCAACACGAUACUUACAGAUUCUGCAUCACUUUUCCUAUCGGGUAAAAAGGACUCGCUAGAGAGUUUGGAGACGGAUUCGCUGUUGAUUCAUGCCAUCGACUUUGUUCAAAAUUGCGCCAAACAUAAGGAGUUCUUCACAGAGGACCGGGCUGAACUCGUUUCGGAGCAUUUAGUGGCUGAAUUGGAGAAUACAAAGUGCGCGGGUCACGAAGCGCGUUGUGUGCCGCAUUUGGCCGAUGCGAUUUAUCAGGUCGCCGAGGCGCAUCCAGUCAAAUUCGCCAACUUGUUGCACGAUAUCUUGCUGAAGACGAGAAGCAACAAACCUAAGAUCCGCUACCGUAUUCUGUUGUUCGUGGAGCGACUCUUCGACCGUGUCGGUGAUUCGAUCGCGCCACACUUGCCGAUGGUGAUGCCAUUUUUGUCCGAGCUAUUGGAGGAUGAGAACAAAAACGUCGAAGAGCAAUGCGAUCGGGUGGUGCGCUUGCUGCAACGGAAAUUCGGCGCCGAGCUCUCGCAAGGAUUUUUGAUGGUGGCUGAUCAAAUGGACUUACCGCGAUGGAUCCCCCGGUACGAUCAACGAAAAGAGUCCACGAUUCCGUCCAUGAUUACGGUAUUAAUCCACCCACUGGCUAGUACGUCAUCUGUACAAGAAACGAAACAGGAAGGAGUGAAGACCGAUGUGAAUUUUGAAGGAAAACCGAAAAACAAAGCGAUCAACGAGUUUUUCGAUCCAUUAGGAGUCACGGCCAAUGAUGAAGUCGAUGAUCCGUUGAGUGAACUACUCGCCGAGAGCUCUUUCAUUGAGACAAAUGAUUCGUCGGCAAGGAAAAGAGAUGUGACCCUCGUGAACACUCUGGAAAUGCGGCGUAGCGAUCAUCUUUGUGUCGACGUCGACUUGCCGAAUAUGGAACCUUGGCGGAAAAAGCGCUCUCUGAUCCUCGAAACGUUCACAACAAGUGACAAAUCGUCGAUCACCAGCUCGUCCUCAUUCUCUCAUUCCUCGAAUGGAAACAUUGUCGAUUCAGCAGCAACUUCAAGGGCACAAGUUCGAGUGAUUGACAAAACGGCACACCGAUUAGAGAUCCUCGAGGACAUGUCCGGGUUGAAGAAACUCGCGGAUUUGUCGGCGCACGAGUACGUGCAAAACGUGAACGAGUUGCGCGAGACGCUGAUCCUCGCGUGGAACAACAACAAAAGGGUUGAGGCGCUGAGAGUUGUGACGGAGCUCUCGCGUGCCCUUUCGUCCGUUUCCCCUCCAUCACUUUAUCCAUCACAAUGGGUGCUCGUCACCGAUGUUUUGGAUCUUUUCGGGAGUCUCGUUUACGAGAGAAUUCUCAAUAAAGCAAAUGAGGAAAGAAAAGCCACUGGAAAGCCAAUAUUAAGCCCGAAUUUCACCGCAUCCGACGUGGGCGAGAAAACGCAAGACACUGCGAAGAAUUGGUUUGUCAAAGUCGGCGAUAUCAAAGAGUUGGUGCCAAGAUUUUACGUGGAGAGCUGCUUGAUCGGUUGCAUUCGUUUCUUCGACUCUCCAUCACUUCGCGUGAAUCUACAAAGAUUGGCGGCAAUGACAUCAAGAAUUGGACAACCACUUCCGGCUGCAUAUGCAAGGGCAUACAUUGCGAAGAUCUCUAUGUACUUGGACCCAGCCGAUCGGGCACCGCAUUGGCGUGUGUUGAACGAUUGGAUGCAGACAUUCGGGCAACAGCCGUCAGAGUUGCUGUGGCCGGCAGCGGAAUGGAUCGUUCAAUGUGUCGCCUAUGGGGCGCACUCCUACGAGGAUUUAGGGCCUCUUUGGGAGUACUGUAGGCAAUCCGACAAGCGCGGUUUCAUUCUGAAAUGCUUCUUGCGAGCGAUUCCACCGAAAUACCUCGGUAAUCACGCGAUCGAGGCGCUGAAAAUUGUAUUAGCCGAUGGAGUGACUUCGCAAGAGAUCAUCGCGCUUGGUGAGCGACUCUUGGAGACCGAAGUGCCCGAAGAUGUUCGAUCGGCUUUGCUCAAAAAUGUUUGGAAAGCGAUUUUGAGACUUCAAUCGACGGGCGAUCUCGUGCGUUGCUCAGUGGUGUGGGCCGAGUUCGCGGCACGGUAUUUCUCGAUCGACGAGCUCAACGUCAUUUGCGAUUGUCUGCUGAGGAGGCUGAAAACGGAGAAGUGCCCAGACAAGUACGCGGACUCUCUGCUGGCGAUUCUGCGCUCAAUGGUUGGCCAUAAGAAAACCGACACGGCCACUCUUCUCUCGCUCGACGCAUUCACCGGGGUUCUCGAUAUUUUGAGAGAUGAGCCUCACUCCUCUGAAGCUGCUCGUUCAAUUCUUUCCGCUUUCAUCGGAUCCCAUUCGAUCGGAUCCUCUGAAGAUCUUCGAUUAGCCAAUCAAAUCUGUGAGAUCGCCGCCCGGUUGGCCACCUUUUUGUAUGAUAAUCGAGAGGAGGAGACGAAAAGGACGAGGAUUGUUUGCUCGGCUUUGGACAGGUUUUCUCUCUCAAGCGAUCCAGAACGAUGUUUACAAUGGUUGGUGGAGUGUCGGGCCUCGUUGGCCGAAAUGGAUGGGGUUGUGAGGCACAUCGUGCGUCUCUUUCUCACGCUCGGUCUCCAAGUUCAAGGCACGCAUAAAGCGACGGCAGCUAAAGCGAACUUGAUGAGAGCCUGUAUCGCCAAUCUGCACAUCACAAUCCCAUCACUUCCCUCACCAGAUGAUCGCUUCAAUUUUGCUCUGCAGGCGGCUCAUCUGGCUUUGUAUGCAAAUUCGUUGCCUCAGACGGACGCCCUCGUGCGCAUUUGCAUCGAGUCGUUGAUGGAUGCCGACAUCGAUGGAGCUCAAUUCGUAGCCAGACUUAACCAUCUGCUUGCAUUCCUCGUUUACGUGCCCGACUCGCCGGAGAAAUCUCCCCUUUAUUUAUUCGGCGCCGUUUUGGCGGUUGUUGAACGUCGAACCUGGGAUGGAUGGACGAGUGAGCGUGGCGCCUGUCUCGUGCAUUGUCUCGAUUUUCUCUGGGCUGCUGGCCAACCAGAGUACCCGAUCAGUUUCCCAAAUGUGCACUCAAACGACGAGCUCUACGGGGGAAGCGCUGAGUUCAAAGAUCACUUGAAUUUGUUAGCCGGUGAGAUCCUGAAUCGUCUAUUCCCGUUGCUGAUGAGCGAGGAGAGGCCGACAAUCGCGGCAAUGCUGCUCGAGCAUUGGAUUGCGCGAACGGAUUAUUCAGCUGAUCAACAGUCACUUCUUCUCUGUCGUCGCCUCAUGCAACGGUGUCGCAAGUCGGCGGAUUUUCGAAAACGGUUAUCUUACAUGAUUGAGGACCUCAAAAACGAGAGAUACCCGGGAGCCGCACAGCUGUUAGAGACCCUAAAA